AUGGGAGUUGUAAUCGAAUCCGAAGUUUGGAAACCAAACCAGGCAGUGUUCAUAUUCUUGUUCAUCUCGUGCGUGUUAUCAAUCUUCUGCUUGCCCACAAAAUUAGCCGCAAAUGUCAUUGAUCAUGCGCCGUUAGCGUCUUUUCUUCGUUUUCGGCACAAGUUUAUGUUUCUCUACACUCUCGCAUCAGUGAUGGAGGGGCUAUGGACUGUGUUUGGAGAGCACGAGCUGGCUUAUUUUGGAUUGAGUAAGGAGCAAAUGCUCACGUUUCUAUCCUUUGGAUAUGCCGUCUCGACGAUUAUUGGGAGUUUUCUUGGAGUGCUUUCUGAUUUAGUAGGUCAUAAGAAGUUAUGCUUGUUAUUUUACUUGCUCCACAUAUGCUUGGCUGUUUGGAAGAUAGUUGUUGGAAGUCCAUACAUUUGGUUAGCAAGUCUGUCUCUUUCGAUGGCAUCUUCAAUAUAUUCCCUCAGUUUCGAGACAUGGAUGGUAGUUGAACACGAGAAGCUUGGGCAGAGGCAAGACUCGUUGAAUGAUAUGUUUUGGUCAAUGACCUUUUUUGGCUCUGCAUCUUUCAUUGGCAGCCAAAUGCUUGCAAAUUAUUUGAUUGAUGAUAAUGUGAACCAAAACAUAGCGUCUACAUGGAAGGGGACUGUGAUUCUGGCUGCUGCUGGUAUUAUAUGUACCACUCGUGGUUCGAAAGAAGCUCCACAUAUAGCAACAUUCAGGGAUUAUCUCGUGUUAUUGCACAGACAAGCUAAUAGCGAUAAAAGAAUAUGGCUGUUGGCAUGGAUACAAGGUUGUGUACACUUUGCGGUUGCAUCAUUUUGGAUUCUUUGGGCGCCAACUAUAGUGGCUGAUGGAAGAGAAGUAUUAUUAGGUUUGAUCUAUACUUGUUUGCUGGGUUCUAAGAUGCUUGGUAGCGCCAUAUACCCUUGGUUCUUUCAUGGACGACUAAUGCUGCGAAUAGAGGAAUACCUAUUAUAUGCCUUCAUUGUAAUGGGCCUUGCUUUGUCAGUUGUUGCUUAUGAUUAUCAGGAAAUUGGAGUUCUUGUGUCACUUUUCUGCAUAUUUCAUGCUUGUGAGGGUUUGAUUUCGCCAUCUCUCGCCAGAUUGAGAACCAUGUAUGUACCAAAUGAAGUCCGUGGAGGCAUAAUGAGCCUAUCUCUCAUGCCAGCCAAUGCUUCAAUCCUUGUUUGUCUAGUCCUGAGAGGAUAUUAUCAGGUAAUCAUGAAUUCGACUAUCAUCUUCUUUGCGGUACUCGGGCUUUUCUCAGCAGCGGGCUGCAUGCAUUUGCUCAAGAAAUGGGGAAAGCAACUCCACCAUAGUCGUCACCACUUGUGA